AUGUUCCUGCGGGCGUAUUUGACGAGGCUCUGCAGCGAUCCGAGCAAGAUGGAGUACUGGGAAUAUUUGGACAAGGUCGGAAUGAUGCACGUUGGACAAGGGCGCGCGCACCCUCUGCAUGUAGAAUACGUUCACAUUGGCGUCACGCUAUCCUUCAUCCAGGACGUCCUCACCGAAGCAAUUCUUUCGCACCCACGGUUGAAGAUGGACCGCAAGAUCGGCCUCGUCAAGGCCCUUUCCAAAGUCAUAUGGAUCCAGAACGACCUCUUCGCGAAGUGGUAUGUGCGCGACGGAGAUGAAUUUUCCGAAGAACGACUCGUUCCCGAAAUCGAGCCAGAGGGCUAUCUUCACGGAAAGAAGAUACUACGAAGUGGCAGCGACAGCGAGAGUGAGAUCGAAGACGCCGACAUGGCGACGGGAUCGUGUCCGUUCAAGAAUUUGGCGACGCCUGUGGCGAGUUGCCCAAGGGUGAAGUCGACACCAAAGAGCCCGCUGAGCCCGCAUUUCAAACGCAUGAGCUUGAACGAAGAGUUGUCAGCGAACGGUGCGCCGGAUAGCGAGACCACGGACCACCUUUCACCGAGUCCCAUUCCACCAGCAUCACCGACGAUAUCGCUGAGUGCGAUACCGCGACCGGUGGCAGGGAGUGCGUAG